AUGUUGGUGACGGAGGAAGCAUUGGUUGGGGUUAGGAAGGUUAUCAGAGAAGAGGUAAGACCUAAACCACUGACGGUGGUUCAGUUAAGAACAAUAUUCAGAAAGGUUUUAAUUCCUUAUGGUUGUAAUCCGAGGAAAUCUUUUCUUUUACAGUUGUAUAGGGAAAAGAUUGCGGAACCGUCGAGAUCUGUUUCGGAGAUCGGAGCAAUGACAGCGAAAGAAAUGAAGAGAGAAUUAAGUCAGUUGGGAUUAGAUUUUGUAACGAAUAUGGGUAAACCGGUUUUGAAAAAAAUUCUCGUAGAUAAUGCGAUACAGAACGGGGAUUUGAAACUAUUUGAGUGGGAUUAUCGUCUUGGUCGAUAUUGGAUAGGAUUAAGUCGUUGGUACACGGUUAGCGGUUUGAUGUUAGAAUCAUUCACGUUAUGGCCGGAAAAAAAUAAUUUUUUUUUUUUCAUCAACAGCUUAUGUAAAUAUAAAACAACAUAAAAAGACCACCUCCGAUCAGCGCGGAAUUUCUUCGGACUAACCGACUCAUCUCUUAUUUUUUCCCCCAUACUCAUUUGGAGUAUGGGAAGUUUUUUUUCCAACACCUUAUAGGGAUAGAUAUGUAUAAUAAAUAAGAGAUGUCAACAUCGGCUAACCCAGAACCCAAGUUCCGUAGCGAGAUUAAGAAACUUGCAUCGGAGCGUAAGAAGCGUCCCGAGUUUAAUAUUCGAAACAUGAAAAAAAGAUUGGCGGAAGAAAAGUCGUGGGAGAAGAGUAUUGCGAGAGAAGAGACUCAUCGUAAAAAUAGUAUUGCGAGAGAAGAGGCAAGACGUCGUGGUGUGGUGAGAAGAUCGGUGGCGGCAGAAUAGAGGCGUGUGCUGGAAGAAAAAAGACAUGUUCACAAGGAAAAGAUAGACCGGAGAGAUUUGAACGAGACGGUCCAUCAACGCGACCAGAGACUUCGUCGGAAUGAGUUGGCAAGAAUAAGACGUGCGAAAAAGAAGGAAGUGGCGGCCAGACUUUUGGAUCUGACACCGGUUCUUCAGGAAACUGCGUUGCGUGGAAUGGUCUCCUGUUACAUAAUUAAACCGACCGUAGCUUACGAUCCCGUUCCGUUCUUGGAAGCCGUUCGUCCAAAAGUACAGGAACUUUUGGAUGGAUUACGUGGCAACAAAUCACGAAACAUAAGGAUCGGACUAAUCUGUCUGAUGGGAAAAGAACAGAAUGGGAAGGAGACGGAGAAAGAAGCAACAUUUACGACGGGAAAUUACAAACUUCACGGUGUGGAUAGUAUGACGGAUGAUAUUUGGGAAAAGAUGAAAGAUAAGGUUUUAGAAGAGUUCUCUCGAUAUCAGAAGGAAGGAAGUCAGUAUUUUUUGAAAAGAGUACUUCGUCUUCAAAUUCACGUCGGAAAAUUUACUUCAUUACAAGGUAAGGGAUCUAACGUUUCCCUUCCGAAAUGGUUGGAAAAAAAGAAAGCGAUGAUCAACAUGAAAAAUACAGACGAUCAAUGUUUCAAAUGGGCAGCAACCCGUGACUUGAAUCCUGUGAGUAAGCAUCCGGAAAGAAUUAUGAAAAAACUUCGUGAACAGGCAGAAGAAUUAUAUUGGAAGGGUGUUGAAUUUCCGACACCGGUCGACGGAGAAUCUAUCGAAAAUUUCGAAAAAAAUAACUGUGUGAACGUAUUUCAUUUGAACGAGGAAGAAGACAGAAUCCAUCCGUUAUGAAUAAGUAAGUGUUAUUCUUCGGGUGGAACGCGUACGAUACGUCUUUUUUCUUUGGGGCGAUCAUUAUUACAUCGUCAAAAGUAUGUCGAAACUUGUCGGAUCUCAGAUGAGUUCGUACGGACACAAAAAGUAUAUUUGUGAUCAAUGUCUGAAUGGAUUUGGAAGAAAAGAUCUUUUGAAAAAACAUUUGGAAUGGUGUUUGAAUGAAAAACAUCAGACGGAUGAAUUUCCGGAGGAAGGUUCUGUCUGUAAAUUCGAAGGGGAAAGAAGGACGCAGAUACAUCCGUACGUGAUCAGCGCCGAUACUGAAUCUUUCCUGAAAAAGAAAAAGGAAGAUAUCGAAAAGGAUAAUAAUCCCAAAGCUUCCGGAACGGAAGAGUUACAUGAACAUAUUAUGAAUUCUUAUUGUAUGAAGUCGGAGACGAUCCAGCAUAUAUCGGUUCACAAAUUACAAUGUAUAUCCGAUAGGUUUGUGAAUGAUGUCGUCGGAAGGGUACGUGAAUUUUUCCAGAAAACUCACGAUCCCGUUCCCAUGGAAGAGAUGUCUCAUAAUCAAAUGA